AUGCCGGGGCCCGCGGGCGGGCGCCGGCGCCCUCGAGGGAGGAGGCGGGCGCGGGCCGGAGCGCCGGGCCGCGCCCCCCACCCCAAGCGCUGGCAGAUCCGAGGGCGGGACGGGGGGGAGGGUGGGGGCGGGGGAAGGAACUCGGGCUCCCAAGCCCAUCCCCCGCCCCAGGGCGCCCCCCGAGAGGCGGCCACCGCGCCCAGCGCCCGGCUUGCCAGCAGCGCCGAGCGGGCCAGACCGGCGGGCCGCGGAGAGGAGGAGCUGGCAGGGCUGCGUUGGCGGCGGGGCGACGCGGGCUCACUUACGAGCUGCCGCGAGGGCGCGGGUGGGCCGGAGCUCAUUGGGACGACCCCCGGGCGGCGGCGGCUGAGCGAGAGCCUGAGCCCGAGCGGCGCGGGCGGCGGCGCAUCGAUGCGCUGCGGGUUCGAUUGCGUCUCCCUGGGCCAGCUCUUGGGCCGGGAAUGGGGCGGCCGCGGCGGGUCUGGCUCCGGGCGCUGCCGGGCGGCGGUGGUGGGGGACGGUAAGAUCAAAAGUCUCCGCUCGCCCCCAGCCUGCGGGCUUGGGCUCGGUCCAGACGCCUCCCUGAAUGCAGAUGUGCUGCUGCCGUCCUCCCGGGCUAUAAAGCCGCCUCCAGCGCCUUCGCGCGCGCAGGAGCGCUCGGAGUUGCGGGGUGCGGACCCCGGGCGGUUGCGGGGAAUCGGAGUCCGGCUGCGACUGGGCUCCCAGGCGGGCCUUGUGUGUGGCGAACUCGGGGGCGGGGGCGCGGCGAGCGGUUGGUGCCUGCGGCCGCGGAGGCUAAAACAACUGCCCCUCCAGGCCCGGGAGACUCGGCCGUGGGGCGUGAAACGCUUCUUGCGAACGAGGAAACGAUGCCUGUCACCAGAGAAAAAUGCCAUUGUGUUGUGUCGUGCUGAUGCCACGCUGAGACUGGUAACCCUAUCAGCCUGCAGCGAGACUACGGAGUCAGAACCCAAGAACGAUGACUUUUGGCAUCAUCUUCCGGCUAGUGACUGCAGGAACAUAAACUCCCUGGGGACACGCAGGGGCUCUUUUGGUCUUGUUGAUGGCUAUAUCCACACGGGGCCGGCAUGGGGGCAGAACCUAGAAGGCAUCCAAUACCUGAAUGGACACAUCUCUGAGAGGAAGACUCAGAAAUGACAAGUUUUCAUCUCGAUGUGACUCCAGCUUUCUGGCGUGUCUUGGUCCAAAGAGCCUCUGCACGUCUCUCCAGAGACAGGCCUGGAACUUGCACCUGUGACGGCCACGUCGCUUUGCCCGUGGCUUUCCCCGGCUGUCUAUCCUGGGACAAUGAAUCAAGGGUGUUUGGCAAAUGAAGAUUUUUUUUUUAAGUUUACUUUUUUUAUUUUGAGAGAGAGAGAGAGAGAAAGAGAGAGAGAGA